AUGCUGCUCAAGCUCCUGCAGAGACAGACCUAUACCUGCCUGUCCCACAGGUAUGGGCUCUACGUGUGUUUCGUGGGCGUCGUUGUCACCAUCGUCUCCGCUUUCCAGUUCGGAGAGGUGGUUCUGGAAUGGAGCCGGGAUCAAUACCACGUUUUGUUUGACUCCUACAGAGACAAUAUUGCUGGAAAAUCCUUUCAGAAUCGGCUCUGUCUGCCCAUGCCCAUCGAUGUGGUUUACACCUGGGUGAAUGGCACCGAUCUUGAACUACUGAAGGAGCUACAGCAAGUCAGAGAACAGAUGGAGGAGGAGCAGAAAGCAAUGAGAGAAAUCCUGGGAAAGAACACAACAGAACCAACUAAGAAGAGUGAGAAGCAGCUGGAGUGCCUCCUCACGCACUGUGUCAGGGUGCCGAUGCUUGUCCUGGACCCGGCCCUGCCAGCCAAUGUCACCCUGAAGGACCUGCCUGCUCGCUACCCUGCUUUUCAUUCUGCCAGUGACAUAUUCAAUGUGGCAAAGCCAAAAAACCCUUCUACUAAUGUCUCAGUGGUUGUUUUUGACAGUACCAAGAAUGUUGAAGAUGCCCACGCUGCAGUGUCCAAAGGAAACAGCAAACAGACAGUUUGGAGGGGCUACUUGACAACAGAUAAAGAAGUCCCAGGAUUAGUGCUAAUGCAAGACUUGGCUUUCCUGAGUGGAUUUCCACCCACUUUCAAGGAAACAAAUCAACUGAAAACAAAAUUGCCAGAAAAUCUUUCUUCAAAAAUAAAACUGUUGCAGUUGUAUUCUGAAGCCAGUGUGGCACUUCUAAAAUUGAACAACCCCAAAGAUUUCCAGGAACUGAGUAAGCAGACUAAGAAGAACAUGACCAUCGAUGGGAAGGAGCUGACCAUCAGUCCUGCAUAUUUAUUAUGGGACCUGAGUGCCAUCAGCCAGUCGAAGCAGGAUGAAGACGUGUCUCCCAGCCGGUUUGAGGAUAACGAAGAGCUGCGGUACUCCCUGCGCUCCAUCGCGCGGCAUGCCCCGUGGGUCCGGAAUAUUUUCAUUGUCACCAACGGGCAGAUUCCAUCCUGGCUCAACCUGGACAAUCCCCGCGUGACCAUAGUGACACACCAGGAUAUCUUUCAAAAUUUGAGCCACUUACCUACCUUUAGUUCCCCUGCAAUCGAAAGUCACAUUCAUCGCAUCGAGGGGCUGUCUCAGAAAUUUAUUUACCUGAAUGAUGAUGUCAUGUUUGGGAAGGACGUCUGGCCAGAUGAUUUUUACAGUCAUUCCAAAGGUCAGAAGGUUUAUUUGACAUGGCCCGUGCCCAAUUGUGCCGAGGGCUGCCCCGGAUCCUGGAUUAAAGAUGGCUACUGUGACAAGGCUUGUAAUAACUCAGCCUGUGACUGGGAUGGUGGUGAUUGCUCAGGUAACAGUGGAGGGAGUCGCUACAUCGCAGGAGGUGUUGGGACUGGGAGCAUUGGAGUCGGGCAGCCCUGGCAAUUCGGUGGAGGAAUCAACAGUGUCUCUUACUGUAACCAAGGAUGUGCAAACUCCUGGCUCGCUGAUAAGUUCUGUGACCAAGCCUGCAAUGUCUUGUCCUGUGGGUUUGAUGCUGGUGACUGUGGGCAAGAUCAUUUUCAUGAGUUAUAUAAAGUAACUCUUCUCCCAAACCAGACUCACUAUGUUAUUCCAAAGGGUGAAUACCUACCUUAUUUCAGCUUUGCAGAAAUAGCCAAGAGAGGAGUCGAAGGUGCCUAUAGCGAUAAUCCAAUCAUUCGACACGCUUCUAUUGCCAAUAAAUGGAAAACCAUUCACCUCAUAAUGCACAGCGGGAUGAAUGCCACCACAAUACACUUUAACCUCACGCUUCAAAAGGCAAACAACGAAGAGUUCAAAAUCCAAAUAGUAGUGGAGGUGGACACAAGAGAGGAACUGAAACUGAAUUCUACGACCCAACAGUCUCCCCCGAGUUUGGGGAGCCCCACAACACCUCUUCCAGAGGUAGAAGUCCUGUUUGAGGAUAUUCCUGAAGAAAAACGCUUCCCAAAGGUUAGGAGACACAAUGUGAAUACGACUGGAAGGUUCCAGGAGGAGGUGAAAAUUCCCCUGGUAAACAUUUCCCUCCUUCCAAAGGAGGUCCAGUUGAGUCUCAAAAACUUGGACCUGCAGCUCCAGGCUGGGGACAUCACAGUAAAGGGGUACAAUGUGUCCAAGUCAGCCUUGCUGAGGGCUUUCUUGAUGACCUUACCAGAAGGUGAAGUGAAAAUCUAUCAAACUAUGGUAACAGGUCAAAGAAAUGGCAGUUUGGAGGCCCUGCUGGGAAACCAGGUUCACAAAAGCAGCUUGCCAAGCAGCCUAGGAACAUCGGAAAGAUCACAGAGGGCGACCUCCCUGGCAGCGGUUGGCCAGCACCGCAGUCAGAACCCACACCUGGGCGCUCAGACCCCAAAACUCAGAGGCACAAGUGUUCUAAGAGAGAAGCUCUCAACUCUCGUUGAUCCCCUAGAAAACCACAUACCGAGAGAAAAUAAAGUCACAGGGGAAACACAAGAGAAAAGCAGCAGGGAGGAGAAUGUUAGAAGUAACAUAGGUGUUAAUGAAGUGGUCCCUGGAAGAAAACUGCAACAUUAUGUGGAUGGCUACCUGGGCUUUUUGCCGUGGGAGAAAAGAAAGUAUUUCCAAGAUCUUCUUGACGAAGAAGAGUCACUGAAGACACAAUUGGCAUACUUUACUGAGAGCAAAUAUACUGGGAGGCAACUGAAAGACACGUUUGCAGAUUCCCUCCGAUAUGUCAAUAAGAUUCUAAACAGCAAAUUUGGAUUCACAUCGCGGAAAGUCCCUGCACACAUGCCUCACAUGAUCGACCGAAUAGUCAUGCAGGAGCUGCAGGAUAUGUUCCCCGAAGAAUUUGAUAAGACAUCGUUUCACAAAGUGCGCCAUUCCGAGGAUAUGCAGUUUGCCUUCUCUUAUUUCUACUAUCUCAUGAGUGCAGUUCAGCCACUGAACAUAUCUCAAGUUUUCGAUGAAGUUGAUACAGACCAAUCUGGUGUCUUAUCUGACAGAGAAAUCCGAACACUGGCAACCAGAAUUCAUGAUCUGCCUUUAAGUUUACAGGAUUUAACAGGUCUGGAACACAUGUUAAUAAAUUGCUCAAAAAUGCUUCCUGCUAAUAUCACUCAACUAAACAACAUUCCACCAACUCAGGAAGCAUACUAUGAUCCCAAUCUGCCACCAGUCACUAAAAGCCUCGUAACCAACUGUAAACCAGUCACUGAUAAAAUCCACAAAGCAUAUAAGGAUAAAAACAAAUACAGGUUUGAAAUCAUGGGAGAAGAAGAAAUUGCUUUUAAAAUGAUUCGAACCAACGUUUCUCAUGUGGUUGGCCAGCUGGAUGAUAUAAGAAAAAACCCCAGGAAGUUUGUUUGCCUGAAUGACAACAUUGAUCAUAAUCAUAAAGAUGCCCAGACAGUGAAAGCUGUUCUCAGGGACUUCUAUGAGUCCAUGUUCCCCAUACCAUCUCAGUUUGAGUUGCCAAGAGAGUAUCGAAACCGAUUCCUGCAUAUGCAUGAACUACAGGAAUGGAGGGCAUAUCGGGACAAACUGAAAUUUUGGACCCAUUGUGUACUAGCAACAUUGAUUAUGUUUACUAUUUUCUCAUUUUUUGCUGAGCAGUUAAUUGCACUUAAGCGGAAGCUAUUUCCCAGAAGGAGGAUACAGAUGGAAGCUAGUCCUGAUCGAAUCAGGGUAUAGAAGAUCUUCAUUUGAGAAUCAUCUACCUCAGCAUUCACUGAGCAUUUUAAAACUCAGCAUCACACGGAUAAUGUGAUGCUCAGCCAGCUUGGUCUGAAGAAGAGACAUCCAGUCCAGCGCUCGUAUUGGGCGUGAAUAUGGCACACUGAGCAGGAACUGUUUAGCCGACACACUGAAGACUUGUACGUUGAGCAGCUGUGAACUGGUUUUUCACUUAAAGCAUUUACUCAUGGGCCUGCCAUUCUUUUCAUGAAAAGACUCACCGCUGAGAGUGGCCGCUUUCGUCCCUUACCCCUACCGUUACCAGCUAACUUGAAUCUGCGAGGCCCAUGCCAACUUGGGAGUACUUGCUAAUGCCCUGGCUUUGCAUUCCCAGGCCCUCUGCUUGUUUUUACACUUGUUUUUCUUUUUCCCAUUUCUCAUUUUAAAAGUAGUUACUAAGUUAAUUGAAAAGAGUGAAUUGGGAUGUCUAAACAUAUUUUUAUCGCUGUUAUUUAGUAACACAGCAAUAUCUCUUAUUGGCCUUAUCUAAAUUAUGAAUCUUAUUAAUGUUUUAAACCACUUACAACAACUGACAAGCUCCAUGACUGACUUCUGAAGUACUACGCUGUGCUUGUUUACUUUCAGCCCUAAGGAUACUGUGAUUCCUGUGGAGGCCUCAUUAUAAAGGACUAGGGUUGAGUAGCGCAGCUGCUUUCCGGAUGUCACUAUGUUUUGGAACUGUACAUGUGCAAACAGAAGUGCCUCCCUUCAGAAAUGAGAGUGCUGGGGUACACUUACACUUACCAGUAUAGCCCGGUAAUGCUCUCUCCCCUCAGUUUCAUAGAAUGCACAGGGGUCAGCAAACUUUUUUUUCUGAAAAGAGCCACACAGUAAGUAUUCAGUAGCCCUUUAAAAAUGUUAAGACCGUGUUUAGCUGCAGCUGUAUGUACAAAGGCAGAAGUCUAGCUGGAUUUGGCCCACAGGCCAGUGUUUGCUGACCAUUGAGAGCGAGAGUUAAUAUUUUUAAGUAUCAGUAAGCCCUGAUGUUCAGCCAUAUUUUAUUUAUGUCAUACAGUAGAUUUCUGGAGACCGUAUUUCAUGAGUCCUUUCUGAAAGUAUUUUAGAGUAUAAUCUCAACAGUAUUCUUUCAAAAUGGCAUAAAUAUUUUGUAAAAACGGAACUUGUAAUGUAAAUACUAUAUUUGUGCUGUAAGAGUAAAUGUAUUUCAAAAACUUAAGUCUCAUAAAAACUUA